UUUUUUUUUUUUUUGUCAGCAGAUAACUAUUGAGAUCUUCUGUGAGGUUCAAUCCAGCAGCCGUUAAAGAUUCCAGAUUCAUCUUCUACAAUGUCAAACAUUAACAGAGAGAAGAUCAGCUCAGUGUCUGACCAAACUGAAGCACAACAUGUCAACAGAUCAUGUCAUGAUGCCACCCUCAUUUAUCCAGGUCCUCCCGCACUUUACCGUCUGAACACAGAAAGAAAAUAUUUUGAUAAGAUGAAUAGAAAGGUCAGACAGUGGAUGUAUGGAAGAAGAAACCGAAGCAAGCAGAAUAAAGUCAUUCUGAUGGUGGGAGAAACCGGUGCUGGGAAAACCACCAUGAUCAACACCGUGAUCAACUACUUACUAGGAGUGAAGUUUGAGGAUCAAGAGUUUUAUCAGAUCACAGAAGAAGAAGCAAACCUUAAAGAUCAAACACAAUCUCAGACAUCUGAGAUCACUGUUUAUGAGGUGUUUGUUGAAGAAAACCCAACAUCUCUGACCAUCAUUGACACUCCAGGAUACGCACACACUGAAGGAUAUGAGAAGGACAGAGAGAUUUCUGAGUAUCUGAGCAGAUUAUUUUCAGAUGAGGAUGGGAUUCAUUAUAUUGAUGCGGUGUGUUUUGUGAUGAAGGCGUCUCAGAAUCGUCUCUCUGGAAAAGAGCUUUACAUCUUUCACUCAGUUCUGUCUCUGUUUGGUAGAGAUAUAGAGAAAAACAUAGUGUUUCUACUCACACAGUCAAGUGGAGGACCUCCGACAGAUGCUCUUAAUGCCAUUAACACAGCAGAAAUACCCUGCAGAAGAGAUGAAGAAAAUGAACCUGUUCAUUUCUUAUUUGACAACCAGCAGAAACAGAAAAGAAUCAAAAAGUAUGAGCAAAACUUCAGAACAUCAUGGGAAAUGGGAGAUGAAAGCAUGAAGGAGCUCUUCAAACUCCUGGAAGAAAAGAACAGAAAAAGUGUUAAGAUGACAUUAGAUGUUCUGAAAGAGCGAAAACAACUUGAGGCCUGUGUCGAAAAUCUGAUGGACCGAAUCUUUGAGAAGGAGUUAAAAACUGAAGAACUGAUUCAGAUCCAGAAGGCCCUCAAUCAAAACAGAGACAAGAUUGAAAAAGGGGAAAACUUUCAGUUUACAGUCAAGAAAUUUGUCAAAGAAAAAGUCCCUAUUGUAAAUGAAUGGUGGUGGAACAGCAAGGCAACCUGCUGCUCCAUCUGUGAGGAAAACUGUCAUGAAUGGAGCUGCUGGUGGGUUGAACCCAAUGAACUCCAGAAGUGUGAAGUUAUGAAAAACAACCACUGCACUGUAUGUACAAGGAAGUGUCAUUAUAGCAAACACGUCAAAGAGAGCAAAAAAUAUGUGAUGAACACAAAGCCAGUCAUUAUGACAUAUUAUGAGCUUAAACAGCUGCGCUUUGUUGAAAAGCUUCAAAACAGUUCUGACCAAAAAAAAUGUAAAGAGUCUGAGAAUAAAACAGAUAUAGAAGAAAAUCUGAUCAGUGAUCUGGAGAAGAGUAAAAAAGAAAAGUCCAUCCUGCUGGAUGAAGCUUAUAUGAUCAUCAUGAAUCUGUGUAAGAUCGCAUUAAAAUCAGACAGCGCUUUCACUCUUCAAUAUCUGGAUUUUUUGAUUCCCAGACUGAAGGAGGAGGGGAAAAAAGAAUGGAUAAAGAACCUGGAGGAUCUGAGGAAACUUGGAGAACAGCAGAAAAACAAGUGGGCCAUUCAGCAUCUGUUGGAUUUUAGCAGGCAAAAAUGGAACCAAUUGUCAAUCACAUCCAGCAAAGAUAGUUAGGCGCUCAAGAAAUUAACCAGUUACAGAACAUCAUGCAAGCAAUUAAAACAAGCAAAAUUAUGAUAUAAUACAACAAUAUGAAAAAUAUCUUUAACAACCCAUAGAAAACACUAGAGCUAGUACUUGCCAUUGCAUUGAACAUCCCGUUGUCAUACAUUGUGUUGCAUCUUAAAAUGUUAGCAUUUUUAAAAAAAGUUUUUUAGGAUACAGCUAUAAGGUAUAGCAGAGAGACCCCUGGUUUCGCAGACAAGGCUUAAGCUAGUCCUAGAUUAAAAUGCAUGUUUGAGAUGUUUUAACUGAAAGUAACUUGCACUGACAGAUCUUAAAAUAUGUCACUGCCAUUGUUUUGUCUCAAGAUGCACACCAGCAAUGUUUUUUUUUUCUAGUGUACAUUUAUAAAAGUUACUUAAAUAUCCUAUUUGAACUAAGGCCUAAUCCUGGCUUAUCCUAAGCCCUGUCUGUGAAACUGGGCCAGAGAGUUUUAAUGUUUUUUUUUUGUUUUUGUUUUUGUUUUUUUUACUUUUUACUUAUUGUCUUACAUAUACAAGCUUCAGGAUCUCAAACAAGACAUAAAAUAAAAUGUACAAAUAAACAUGUAUUUUAUGUUUAAAUUCAUAGUCAUCUCCUUUUUCUACUCUUUUUGAAUAGAUUUAUGAAUUUGGCCCUACUAUUUUCAGUAAAUCCGUAUCUCAGGGCAACUCUUUCAGUUGUUAAGUGGCAAAAUAAAAUGUUAUAUAUUUUGUUUGCCAAGGAAGAGGCUCAUAGUGUGUG